AGGGCGGGGAGAGCGCAGCGGUGGCCUCCGGAACGGGUAGUCCAGCAUGGAGCGAGUGACUCAGAAAAUGUCCGGGCUGCAGUUCAACCUGGGACCUGCCAAGGAGCCGUUGGGCUUCAUCAAGGCCCUGGAAUGGAUUUUUGCCAUCUUUGCAUUUGCCACCUGUGGAGGUUACAGCGGAACUACAAAAAUCAAUGUCACCUGUCCCAAAAAUAACCUGACUGCUAAGGCCGAUUUUGGAUACCCAUUCAGGUUGAACGAAGCUUUGCUCAGCCUUCCAGAGAAGGAGGAUUGUAAUGGCACUUGGGUCAAACACUUCUUCUUGGUGGGAGACUUCUCAUCCUCGGCUCAGUUCUUCGUGACCUUCGCUGUCUUCGUGUUCCUGUACUGCAUCGCUGCCCUGGUGAUAUACCUGUGUUUCUUCCACCUAUAUCGGGGUGCCACUAAACUCCCCAUGAUUGACUUCAUUGUCACAGUGGUGGUUUCUUUCUUGUGGCUGGUAAGCACAUCUGCCUGGGCGAAGGGUCUCACGGAUAUCAAAACAUCCACCGGCCAAAACAUGUUGGUGGGACUCGAUCCUUGUAAAGUUGUGAAAUGUACUUUUGAUGAAGUCAGCAGUAUGGGAUCCUUGAACGUCUCUGUGGUUGUUGGUUUCCUCAACCUGAUUCUGUGGGCAGGAAACGCUUGGUUUGUCUACAAGGAAACACACCUGCAUAACCCUCCAGCUGCCGAGCCUCCCAACCCAGCUAACCCCCCAAUUCCUUCGGGGAUGUAAAAAGAUUGGGAAGUCCUCCAGGAAGGAGCCGAGGCCACUCUCCGUCACUGUGGUCAUCACAGUUAUGUUUUGUUUUUUUAAGUCCCUUCCCCGUCAUCAAUUGAUCUUGGUGAAAAAUGGACAGGUUGUCUCCCCCCAACCCCACUCGCCAAAGCUUAUGUCUGAGAUGAAGGAAUUGAUUUGUGCCUUAUACAUCCAGAGACGAGGGGGUCAUUCUACUGUAUCAAAACACUGAAAAUCAGGAAACGCAUCUUGAUUUAAUACAUUUUUGGCAGCUCCGGCAGUCUGUAGCCUCCAGGGGCUGACUUUCCAGCGGACGCAGGGCAGCACAAAUUGUGUUACUGUAGCCUGGUUGUGCUCUUCUGCUCUGAGCCGAUGCUGUUAUCCAGACAAAUACUUUUGUUUGAGUCACAGCCAGAAUUAUGCAUAAUAUUUGCCGCUCAGCCUUUGUUUUUGGGUUAUGCUGUUUGUCUUUUUGCAGAGAGAACAGCCAAAAUGCCUGCUUGAUUGAAUGUCUGUGUAUUGGAAACUUGUCAACUGAACCUUAGAUUUAUAACUCUGGGAAUAGUAGGGAGGCUUAGCGCUCUGUAAAUAGUCUAUAGAGGAUCCAGUGGUUGGUCACAGCCAGGAAUCCUGGGAACCUGCAUGUGGAUUCACACAAACUUGAGCAGAGUACUGGGAGAUCUGUGCUGGAAAUGAAAGUUAGUUCCUAACUUGAAGGCAGGUGGAAUGUGGAAAUAGCAAAUAUUCAACUGUUUCUACUUUCUCUAGCACAUUUUUCACACACACACACACACACACACACACACUUUUCUUCAUUGUGGUUUUCUGUAAUCCCUUUCCAAAGAAAUUGCACCUGGAAUUUUCAUAUUCCACAAGAAAGAAACCACCAAAGAACCAUUUAUGCAAAGUGUGCACCAGCCAAAAUACAUGCUAGUGCUGCAGAUUCGUACGACCUGGUUCAAAUGGCAAAAUCUGGAUUCUGCAGUUACAAAAUGUGUGCGUAUUGGGGGAGGAGGUUCAAUGCAAAAUUAGCGAGAUUCCUGGCCACGACCACCUACCCACAAAGCAGCAACAGGCAGUUCAUCUGCCGUGUUUUCUGUGCAUGUGGAAUUCUGCUUCGUUUGGAUGCCUGAGCUUUGCCUUUUUUGCCGUUUAAAAAGGCAGAUUUUUUUUUAGCUAUCGUGAUGGCUGAAGAUGGGGAAGUGCUAUCCAAAACGUACCAAGGCCCCAAGGGCUAGCUUUAUUAUGGUUUCUAGUAAUUGCUAAACAACUCCUCUGCCCCCCGCCCAUUCCCUUAAGAGGUGGCUUCCCAUUUCGCCCAAAUAAUUCUGAAAGGGGUCUCGAAAUCAAUAGUGGACUUUAGAAUAAAUCCUGCUAGUUGAGCAAGCUUAGGGAAAGCUGGCAUCUUUGUUAAUUUGAUGUUACAUUGUUUUUCAUGCUUCCUGUGAGCGCAGCCGCAAGGAAAUAUGCCAUGACUUCCGGAGAUCUUCUAGGAUCUUUAUUCGUGCAUAGGAAUUUUGUUUUGAAGUCUUUGUUUCUCUAAUGUCAAAAGAUUUGCAUGUAUCCCUCUGUACAUCUUUUUUUAAAAAAAAAAUGGUUGAUUUCAGCAGGACUUUUGAUCUUCGCACAUGCUUUUAAACGCUGCUGUAAAAUGCACAUCUGGUUUCUGCAUUUUGCUGCCCUGCUUUUGCCUGUGAGGUACAUCAUCAAUAUAUUUAUUUGACCCUUGGAAAAGGGAGGCUAAAGUUUACGAUUCUGAGUGUGGCGGCAGGAAAGUAAAUGCUUUCACUGACAGUCAGUGGUGAAAUCUGACAUUCAAAUUGGCUGCCACAGCCCAACCCUGAUGUGUUGACGGGAGAUUUCAGCGUGCAGCCUAUGACAUUGGUCUUUGACCUUUCCAGGCCAAGGACACGCCUUUAAUGUCUAGGCAGCAGCACGAAAUCCAAGGAUGCUAAGCAUGUGGUGUCAGACUUAGGAAGAGGAGGAACCAGGGUUAUGAUUUCUUUGCUGCCCUAGAGAAUUCCUUCAUGGAUGGGCUUGAAAGAAUGAGAUGACCAAAUGGACAAUGGAAGAAGAAGAACAUGCCAUCAAGUUGCAGCUGACUCGCACCAAUCGCAUCCACAGGACGUUCCAGGCAAGAGACGAGCAGAGGCGGUUGGCCAUCGCCUCCCCUCUGCAUAGCAACCCAGUCUUCCUUGGUGAUCUCCCAUCCAAGCAUGGCUGACCUUGCUUAGCUUUCAAGAUCUAACAAGCUUGGGCUAAGCUGGGCUAUUCAGGCUGCUAGCGGACAGUUGACUCUCCCCAAUAUUUCUGGUCUCCUUCUGCACAGGUGAAUAGGACACCCGAGUCCCUCUGUGAGUUCCAAGCCAAAUGCUUCCUACCUUCUCAAUAAUGCUAAAAACAAGUAUGUUAUGAGGAAAUGUUGAAAUGAACCAUUGCUAGCCUUUGCCUUAGGAGACAGGUUGACAGAACUCCCCUCAAUUUUUAUCACUCGCCAGUCAUCGUAGAUGAUUUCAGCACAAAAAAACUGUUCAAAAUGGGGUUUUGUGGUUGUUCAGGAUGAUACCAUGUGUAUUUACUUUCCAUGAAAUCUCUUUUGCUAACCCUCAUGCUUUAUGGGGAAGGGGCUGGAGUGGCUGAAAGCAGUGUGCAUUUAUUAUAAAGCAACACGCUCUUUUUCCCCCCCGCCAUCAUAAAAAUUGUUCAUCAAACAUUGAUAUAUCUGUACACAAAAUUAAAAAAGAGCUGUUAAGUCAA